ACACACAAACACACGCUGACAAACACACACCGUCAGGCACACACGGCACCGCGGACCCGACCGGGCUCAGACAGCAGGACCAUGACCCACGGAGCGCUGGCCUGGACGGCGUGCCUUUGGGCCGCAGUGAUCGUCCAGUCGAUACAGGCACUUGUGAUCCAGUACCCUAAGCUGAACAGCAACGAGUCCAUCCACUGCGAGUGCACAGACGCCAAAUGUCAGGCCGUGGUCUGGUUCUGGCACCCCCGGCACAGACCGUCCGAACUCCAAUACCUCUACUACCACAACGUGGUGGACAACACCUGGUCCAUCGACAAGGGCAAAUACAAAGGGGGCAGGAAAAUGGGGUGGAAGACCGUUUUCUCCCUGAUGGUCAUAGGAGUGGCGGAGAGCGAUGCCGGACGAUACUUCUGCCAGACCCUGCUCCCGGGAAGCCGGGAGAUUCCCAGCUUGCCGGGGGUCGAGCUGCGGCCGGGAGAGAAGGCCCCAACUCCUCCACCACCGCCCCCGCCACCCAAGAUCCCCCUGCCUUGCCGCUGUAGGCCAGUCCCCAAGAACAAUCCCCGAGGCUGUGGGUACCUGGUGCUUUGGCCCUUGAUGGGAGUGCUUGCCAGUCUGGCCGUUGUGCUGAUCGCAACCCUCUUCUAUUUCAGCCGACUACCAAAGAAAUGCCGUCACAGGCUUGUCAAGAAACAGCAGCUCCGUUGAAGGCGAUGGUGAUGUGGAGACAGGUGAUUAUCUUGGCUGGCUGUUCAGACCUCCAUUUGGACCAAAGAACCUUUUUAUGCACUUCACACAUUAUGGAACAAAACAAUGUGUCUAUUACAAUCCUGUAAUUUACCCGCUAUGGUUUUGUGCAAGGGCUAAUAAGUGUACAUACAUGGUUAAAAUGAUUUAUGAAAAAGAUCAUCUGUAUGCAGACAAGAUGCUCUUCUCCUUUUUCAUUAUGGUCUCUUUGUCAGCUUUGUUCAUCGCUGGGAUUCUUGCUUUCAACGCUGGUGACCUGAGUCUCUUUUGAGAAUGGUCAUUGAGGCAUCUGUAUACUGAGUAUUUGGUGUAAUUAUUGCUGUGAUUAAUUUUUCUGUUUCAUUCUUGUUUAUAUUUAAAUAUGUAUAAUUUUUUCACAAAGAUAUUUUUGUUCAUGUGCAGUAUGUUUUGUAAUUCUAUACCUGUAGGCUUGCAGGCUUAUAUAUCGCUUGUCAUAAUGGUUUGGCAUACAUGAACAACUGACCCCAAUACAGAGUGAAUUAAUGUUUGGCACAUCUUAAUAAAAUCACAUUUUGGGUACUAAUACUCACUCAUACGCACUUUUGCCACAUUAUAUGUUGGGAGCUUCAAAUUGGUCGUUUCUGGAUCUACCAUGUUUUAUUUGUUAUGGUACAUUAUUUGGUAGACCAUGAUGUCAGCAGUUCAAAAGCUUCAAAAGCUCUUCACAAUAAGAGCUAAUUGUGUGGUCAUAUUUGAAUAUUGAGAUGGGACUGCUGGUUCACUGUGUCAGGCUUCUAGGUAAGGUGGUGUUGGGUUAGUCUAAUGCUGUGUUCCAGACAAAUCGGAAGUCAAGUUUUUACGACCUCCUACUCGGAAAAGCACAAUAGAAUGUCGCUCAAAGGCGGAAUUCCUACUCGGGACAAAUCCAUCUACCCCGAUUUUGUGAGAAGCAGUUGUCGCACGUCACACAAUAAUGGCAGCCCCCAUGGAGGCACUCAUCAUAAAUAGUAAACUAUCAACUAAAAGGCAACGCAAAGUACAGUAUUUGUUCCUGCAUGACAUUAAAAUAAAACAUACUGUCAUAUAGUAAAGCCUGUUCUGCAUGUGAAUUGAUGUGAAACAAUAUUGCCAGUGUUAUUAGUUAGCUUCUCAGGGCAAAUUAUCACUCACAGUUAUCUUCUCUACACAAAAGUUAUUUCAGAAAAUGAAAAGAAAUGCCAAAAAAACAUGUGAAACCAUUUGGAAGUAUACCAUUCCUGACUUUUUCAGAUUGGCUACCAAUGUAGCUAAACCCGAGCACAGUUCAUGAGUGGUGUCAGCGGUGAAUGCGUACACUUGCCACAUAAACAGAACCAGUUUUUCGGUCAGCCAUGUUUUUUGUUUACAUUUGGCAUCGUGCACCAGUAACGCUUGAAUUUGAACAUUUCAACUGGGAAAUUCCAACCUCUGACAGUGAAUGGAACGCAGCAUUAGUAUGGAGGGUAAUCAAAUUGAGUUCAAACUGGCUCUAUUGACAGGGCCAAUACCAAAGAAAAGCCAAAGACUGCACCAUAAUGGAGAAAAUAUACUUAGGUAGACUGACAAGAGAGGAAAUAAGCGACAAAGCGUCACUGUGAAAGUUCACUGUGAAAAUAACAUAGCUAAUAGUAAAUGUAGAAAAAUGGUAAUUCUGAUGAAAAAUCAUUACAUUUGCAUAUGCAUAUUGUCAGCAGGAGUGGCAGGGCUCUCUCUCUGUCUCUCUCACUUCCUGUUUGGUCACUGAAAUUGUGGAAAAUUUCUUUCAUUAAAGUUUUUGAAAGCAUUUGUCAUUUGUGCAUGACAUGAGACAGCAGUGUGAAUGUAAAUAU